UUUUUUUUCUGUCAAAUUUUUAUAAUGCCUUCUGCUACUACAACUGCUUUAUUCACGCCUAUCAAAGUUGGUCAACAUGUUUUGAAACAUCGAGUUGCUUUAGCUCCUUUGACUCGAAUGCGUGCUGAUGACAAUGGCAAUCCUACUGAACAAGUUGUUGAAUAUUAUAAGCAACGUGCUACUCCUGGUGGAUUACUAAUCACUGAAGCGACUGCCAUCUCCCCUUAUGCUGGUGCUUAUCCUCAUACUCCCGGUAUUUAUACUAAUGAACACAUUGCAGCUUGGAAAAAGGUAACGGAUGCUGUUCAUGAAAAGGAAGGUAUUAUUUAUCUUCAACUCUGGCAUCUUGGUCGGGCUUCAUUCUCCUUCCUUUUGCCUGAUAAUCAAACUCCUGUAUCUGCUUCUGAUAUUUCUAUUGAAGGUACCUCGCCUUUGGGUGCUCCCUAUCAAAAACCUCGUCCUUUGGAAGUCGAAGAAAUCAAGUCUAUUACUCAAGAUUUUGCUCAAGCUGCCAAGAAUGCAAUUGCUGCUGGUUUCGAUGGUAUUGAAAUUCAUAGUGCUAAUGGUUAUCUUUUGGAUCAAUUUAUCAAUACAUCAAGCAACAAACGUACUGAUCAAUAUGGUGGAUCUAUUGAAAAUCGUGCCCGAUUUUCUCUAGAAGUAGUGGAUGCUGUGGCAAAAGCGAUCGGUGAUGAUAAGACUGCUGUUCGUUACAGUCCUUGGUCUGGAUUCCAAGAUAUGAAGGAUGAUACUCCUGUUGCUACAUGGAGUUACAUUACUGAACAACUUGAAAAGACUCAUCCUGAUUUGGCCUAUCUCCACUUUACUGAACCUCGUGUUACUCUCUUUGGUGAUGCUCCUAUUGAAGUGAAAGAAGGUGAAAAAGUGGAUACUCUUGAUCCUUUCCGUGCUCUCUGGUCUGGACCUUUUAUCUCUGCUGGCAACUACACUUAUGAUCCAAAGUCUGUUUUCGAACGUGCUGAAACUUCUCCCAAUAACUUGGUGGCUGUAGGUAGAGCUUUCAUCGCCAACCCUGAUUUAGUAGAACGCCUUCGCAACAACUGGAAACUCACUCCUUACAAUCGUGCUACGUUUUAUACCCCUGGACCUGAAGGUUAUACUGAUUACGCUUUUUACAAUCAAGACAAUUAGUUUAAUUUAAUAGAAUUAGAUAUUUAUCUUUUAAUAGUUUAUUUAGAUGCUCUUAGUAUAUGUAUUUUUUUUUCUUUAAUAUCCACUAAUAAAA